UCCUGUCAAAUUUUUAUCAAUAUAUGAUUAGAGCCUGGAUUAGAGAUUCCGAUUAUUGUUACUUAAGUAGUUUAUAGAUAAGAUUUUUAAGUUUAUUUAUCUGUAAGUCAUAUUCAAUGAAGAUAAACGAAAAAAAUCUAUGCGCGUUUGCGGUUUCUGCUACUCCAAUCGACAAAGAAGGAUAUUUAAAUAAAAGAGGGGAAGUGAACAAAAAUUUCCAAAAAAGGUAUUUUGUUUUGAAAGGAAACUUAUUAUUUUAUUUUGAUAAAAAAGGUGAUAAGGAACCAGUUGGUGUUAUUAUUUUAGAAGGUUGUUCUAUAGAACUAGCAGAAGAUGACGCUCAGUAUAGCUUCAAAAUAGAAUUUCAUGGGCUUAACAAUCGAAGUUAUAUCUUGGGAGCCGAAUCCCAAGAAUCUAUGGAACAAUGGAUGAAAGCCAUAGCUUGUGCUGGUUAUGAUUAUAUGAAAUUAAUGGUAACUGAGCUACAAAGACAGUUGGAUGAUGUAGAAGAGACGCCUAUGCCGAUUACACCUACACAGUCUACAGGUUCACCUGUUCCACCACCUAGGACGAGACAUAAUCCUUUUAAUAGACCUGAUAAUCCCCAUCAACGAUCACAUAGUCUAAGAUCCAGUAAUUCAGCCGCUAGUCGAAUGGGGGAUUCAAGGUAUCCAGAUGCAAGUUUAGCAAAUGGUACUUCAAAAUUUACAAUAACAUUUCGGGAAUUGCACAAUUCUCACGGAAGACCAAUUUUAAAGGAUUAUAAUUAUUGGAAAUAUCAACAAAAAGAAAAACACGAUAACUGUGUAGAUAACCUUAUAAGUUUUUAACAGCAUUAUUGUUAGUUAUACAACGACAUUUUUAUAACAGCACAAGUGCUAAAUAUAAACUGAUUUCUUACCAAAGUCGUGCUUCUAAUAUGAUUAAAGAUUAAAUUUAUAAAGUUGCUUGACAUUCCGAUAGUCGCUAGCCUAAAAGUCACUAUGGAUCUGUGAGAUCCACCAUUCUAAACCAAUUUAUUGAUAAAAAUUAUCAAUGAGUUCGUCUUAGAAAAACAUAUGAUGAGUUUAUUAAUAUAUUUAUUGAGUAAUAAAUAUGGUUACUUAUAUAAAAAAUAUUAAAUGCCGGAACAUAAAAAAAUCGUUUACUUUUUGGAAUAGUUAUCCCAGAUUUAAUUGGAUCGGGAAAAUUUCUUGGAAACGAUACAGAAAUGGCUAAGAACUAAAACUAAGCCUUAUUAUUUCUCACUCACUUCUGAGACACAUCUAUCAGUGCAUACAAAGUCUAUUGACUUUAGUUAAGAAGCAAGUACUACAAAGCUUGCUUUGGUUGGUGAUCCGGGAAAAUUUCUUGAAUCCGGACCGUGCAUCUCUCUUAUAGAUCCUUGACUAGUUCAUUCUCAAGUUGCUUCAGAAAAAGUCGACGAGGUGGCAAUGUAUUUCCAUUUUCUAAAUGGACAAACUGAGAUUUUAUUUCUGCAAUGGACAUUUCUCCUUCUUUAACUGGCGCUAUGGUCUUUUGAGAAUCAGGGUCUCCUCAACAAUUCUUUCUAUGCCUCCAACGUCGAGUCCAUGGCUGGAUCAGGUUCAAAGCCUUCUAACCAGCGAAGGAGCGGGUAUCGAUCAGAUUUUGUCAAUGAUGUCUACACCUACUUUAUGGUGGUUUUUUGUUACAAUUUCUGGCUUUUGGAGAUAGUCGAUGAACAAUAUUCCAUACUCAUCCCAAAAUACCGAAGCCAUAACCUUCCCUGACUGUUAUCAUUGAUUUAACAAUCUAUCUUUUAAACCUUUAUUUUUUUAUGAAUCGAUUUAUUAGGUUGCGAUUCGAAUCGAUUUAAAAAUCGAUCUUUUUUGGAAAUAAUCGCCAUCCCUACUGUGAAACAAUUGAAAUGAGUUUUUCAUUUUUACUUCUGCAUACUGCAUUUAGGCAGAUAUCACCAGCAACCAAUACAGAUAAAAAUAUUUGUCUCAAUUAAUGCUCCAUAAGUUUGUUGGAAAAUAAAAUAAAAAUAUACAGUUGUGUCUUUAUUUCUUUCCUAGUUGCCUUUUAUAGUGUUGUAAACGGGGUUUAUAAUAAAUAAAGUAAAUUUUGGUUAAUACAUGUAAUAAAUAAAAGAAUAAAUAACAAAUUUAUAAAUAUUGUACAAAAAAAUAUUAUUUGAAUAGGUAUUUAUUGUGAUUUAUCGAGAAAUCAUCAUCGAUUUUUUGAAAAUAUUGUUGGUCUUUCCAGUGCGAUAGAUCUAUAGAUGGCAACGAUUCACACGAUGUUAGUGGAUUACUGAAAUAAAAAAAUAUAUAAUCUAUAAUGUAAAUAGAGGAAACCAAAAGUAAUAAAUAUAUUUUUCUGUUUGAAAAACUAUUUUUUUGAUUCUUCAAUUAUAUCCUAACAAAAUGUAUAUAAAACUGGUAUCAAAACAAAAAAAAAGUAUAUCUUUAAUUCUUUAAUGCGGCCCUGUUUACAUGUGUGAAUGUAACUAAAACAUUUUUUAAUUACUUGAUAAAUAUACUUUUCUGUUUUAAAAACAGGUUUUUUUUGUUUUUUUUUGAUUAUAUUUUAUCAAAAUGUGAACAAAAUUAAAAUAAACAAAUCAAGAAAAAAA